AGAGCUAGCAAUUCUUCAUCGAUCCAAAGCAUCACCCAACAAACCCAUCUCAUAUCAUCUCAUAAUUAGCUAAAGAGAAGUAAAACCCAGAAGAUCAAGAACAAAGAAAACAUGAGUUCUUCGAGCAGAGCGUGGAUUGUGGCAGCCAGCGUUGGAGCUGUUGAGGCAUUGAAAGACCAAGGCAUCUGUAGGUGGAAUUACACUCUGAGAUCGUUACACCAGCACGCCAAGAACAAUCUCCGAUCGGUCUCUCAGGCUAAGAGAAGCCUGUCGUCUUCCUUGGUGAUGGCGAGUAGAGACGAGCAACAGAUGAAGCAAGCUGAGGAGUCUCUCAGAAAAGUUAUGUACCUGAGCUKCUGGGGUCCCAACUGAUGAUUAUUCCACACUGAUCGACACUAGUUGGAGGAAGAACCAAUACACAAUUAAGUGCUGGAUGCAUGGUUCUUUGGGCAAGGAAAAGAAAAUGAAGGAUGAGAAUUGAUGAUGAUGAAUUGGUCCUGCUAGCUGAUUGAAUUCCCCAUGAAACGUACGUCCUUGGCUUGGCUUGUCACUAGCUAUUAGGAUGGAAUUCCUUGCUGUUGUGAAAUCAUUGUAUACUCCACCACUUCAUACAUACAGAAAUCAACAAAGUUGUGCAAAUUUACUACAUGCUUUUCUUCUUCUUCUUGUGCUAAAUUAUUGGGAGGGGAAACAAAAUUUUCGGUUGUGCUAAACCACUGCUGGAUCAUCAUAAUUUUCAGGAAAAUUUGGAUUCUAUUAUUUGGCUCCAAAAUAAGUCUGCCAAAUCAAU